UUGAGGUUCCUGGGCCGACUUACUUGUGUGAAAAAUACACUGAGGUAGAGAAUCCAUCACUUGAUAGGGUUUUACAGGUUGAAGCUGAUACAAAGGUAAGCUUUUCCAAGUAUAUGUUUCUCAGUUUAUUUGGCUUCUUCUUUUUAAUAUGUUUCUCAUUAGUCUUUUUUAAAAUACUCUCAGCUGAAGGUCCAUUGCAUACUACCUUCUAUUCCUCAUGAUCCAGAAGAUGAUAUCUCCAUUAAAGACAAAUAUAGUGACGAGCUGGAAACACUGAAAGAUGUAACAAAGAAAGGGUACAAGCUUACAGCCGAUGACUGGGAAAAUAGGUGUGUAGACACAUUUGAAACAUUGGAUGCUCUUAUUCAAAUGAUGGCAAAUAAGGAGACUGGCCAAGCUUCUACUCCGAUUGAUAAGGAUUCAGUAAAUGAAAAAGUGAACAGGAUCAUUUAGGUAAUGGAGGAGAAUCUGAAGAGAAUGAAGGAUCGAAUGUCAUUACUGGAAGAAGAAAACAUGCAUCUUAGAGCCCGUGUGUCAGAGUUGGAAGGAAACAACAAUGUUUUUCCCACUAACGUGACACAACAGCGAUCCAGUGGGACACCUUUAUCUCCAAUGUCUCACACGCAACCAUCGAGUGAGACGCCUUUAUCUCCAAUGUCUCAACAGCCUAAUUUGACACAUGAGGAGACAAUGAUUGAAUCAGCUGCAUCUCCAAAGUCUCAACAAAAUGAGGAUUACACGCAACCAUCGAGUGAGACGCCUUUAUCUCCAAUGUCUCAACAGCCUAAUUUGACACAUGAGGAGACAAUGAAUGAAUCAGAUGAUGACACUCCUGCCCUUGAUACUCAAGUAUUCUCUCCUAAUCUGACAAAAGAGAAAGAAACAAGUGAGUCACCUGCUGAGAGGCCAUCCAAUCCUAAUCAAGAUGGAAAACCAGAUGAUGAGAUUGUGAUUGAGUCACCUGCUGCUCAGACUCAAGUUUUGCAAAAAGAAACACUGGAAAUGAAUGAGACACCUUCUUCUCCAAUAUCUCCAAAGAGUAUUGAGGCUCAAGUUUUUACUCCAAUUCAGAAACAGCAGACGGUAACAGAGGGAACGUAUGAGGCUACACAACCAUUGACUGAGAUCAUUUCAGCAAACAAUAAAAAGGAGGAUACACAUGCUGUGCAUCACACACCUUCCUCUCCAUUGUCUUCACUAAUUGCACUAGUUAUUGAAGAAAAUAAGAAUGCUUUGAGUGAGACAGAAACUGCGACCCAAUAUUUUUCUCCAAGUGAGGGAGAGGAGACACAAUCAAGCAGAAAGAAUCAAGCAGAAGAAAAUCUCAAGGAUACUACAAAACAUAUAACUGAGCUAGUUUCCACAGAUGUUUCGAAGACACAACCUCUUACACAGCCUCUUACACAGCCUCUUACUCAGCAAACACAACACCUUCAGACAAGUGAGGGAGAGCAAUCCGAUGAGACACCAUCAGAGCAUAAUCAAGCAGAAGAAAAUCUCAAGGAUACUACAGAACCUACUACUGAGCUAGUUUCCACAGAGCCUACUACUGAACCUACUACUGAGCAUGUUUCGAAGAUACCGCCUAUUACUCAGAAAACAGAGCAUCUUCAGACAAGUGCUAUAGAUUUUUCAGACACAAACGAGGUUGAAGUAAGCAGGCUUCUAGCUCACUUUCAAAUAGGCGCAGAGGUUGAGAUUUUGUCUACUGAUGACGAAAUAUGGUAUCCAGGAAAGGUUGUUGAUCUUAAACUGUGUGAAGGACUAGAGGAGCUGACAGUUGAGUACACGACACUCUUCGCAGACCAACAUAGACUUCAGAAACUUCAGGAUACUAUCACGGCUGACAAAAUACGUCCUGCAACACCAACUAGUGACCAAAAUCCUUUGAGAUGAUGGAUAAGGUAGAAGUCUUUUACAACAAUGGCUGGAGCAGCGGACAAAUUAGCAUGGUACUUGGUGAUAACACAUACUCGGUGUGUCUCUAUACUUCUAUGGAAACUAUUCUAUUCAAACAUUCAGAUUUGCGAAUUCAUAGAGAAUGGAAAGAUGGAGUCUGGAAGAUGGCAGAUAAGGUAAAUCAUAACUUGAAUUAUACUUCACGUGAAUUGUUUGAUAUACAUACAUUUUAGUUUCAGGAAUGGUUUCCAGAAAUUCCGAUUGCAACAAAUUUGAUAAUAUUUUGCUUGGUGUCUAUUGUUUGAUUAAAGGUGAAGCCUGAUAAGAAAAGGAAAGCUGCUGCCUCAUCACAAAAUUCAGGAAUGGAUAAUGUUUUCCUAAGAAGGAGCGAGAGGGUGCCUAAACGAUCUAGAGACACAAAAACUCCAUUCAAGUCUGAAAGAAAUCCGGCUUUAACUGUAAUACAUGAGAUUAUACCUGCAGUUGAUCCGUUUUCAACUCCUGCGGAACAUAAGCUUUCAAGGCUUCAAAAUUGGAUGA